UCUGCAGGCGGUGGGGGAGCUGGAGGUGGUAGUCAGAGCAGUAGCGACUUCGUUCGCAAGCUUUAUAAGUACGUUCACUCUCACUGCCGCGAUUCACGCCUCAAUUUGCUUCUUCUUCCUCUUCUUCCUCCUCUUCUUCUCUUCUCUUCUCUUCUUCCUCGUUCUUUACCUCUCCUGCCUCUACCCGACCUCCGCGAAUGAAAGCUCGCUCUGACAGGAUGUUGCCCGAAAACGCAGAAUGCUCGAGGAUCCUACACACAGCAACGUUGUUCGGUGGAGUCACUCAGGAGACAGUUUCAUUGUGGUGGAUACCAACGACUUCACCAAGAACAUCCUACCGCAGCACUUCAAACAUAGCAACUUUGCGAGCUUCGUCCGCCAACUUAACAAAUAUGAUUUCCACAAGAUAAAAAACACGGACGAGGGUGCGGGCAGUGGAGAGGGUUGGCAGUUCAAGCAUCCCGAAUUCACCAAGGAUAGCAAGGACAACCUCGACAACAUCCGUCGGAAAGCUCCGGCUUCGCGGAAACAACAAACGCAGUUCGAUGAAUCGGGCUCGCAGCAGAUAGAGCAACUCCAAGGAGAAUUCCGACAAGUCAGGGAGUCGCAGCAGGUCCUCAACGAGCGGAUGCAAAAGUUCCACGAACAGACGGGAAAUGCGUACCAGGAUAUGCAACUAGCCAUCAGCUCGCAGGCGGUAUACAUACACCAGCACGAGGAGAUAAUCAAGAGGUUACUCUCGGUACUGUCGGAUCUCAGCGCCCAAGUCCGGUCGUUGAAGCAGGAUUAUGGCAGGAACAAUAGUCACGGCCAAGAGAUUCUCCACGAUGACCCGGUGUCGCCCGGUCAGACUGGCGGUAUGGGUUCCUCGGCUACAUCCCCGGCCAACCACCAGCAGGCGCCCGGCAGUAAUGGAUCGCCGUUGCAGCAAGCACAGCGUCUCAUGGAAGGAUACCGAAACCUCCAAAGACCUAGCAUACAGGCCGGCAUCGACCAGUUCCCAAUGGCCCACCAGGAUCAACACGAUGGAGGGUAUGGCGGGGGUUACCAGAAUGGUCAGAUGAUGAAUGUCGUGAACGGAACGGAACAAUCCGGGGAGCAUAUGUUCCCGGGGAUCAAUCACCCGUUCAACAAUAAUGGCCAUCCUCCAGGUCAACUGCCAUGGCAACAUCCACAUCAAGAGACUCCUCCUCCUCCGCAAGGCAGCUCCGGUAGUGUGGUCGGUGGCAACUCUGGCCGACCCACGCCGAAUCGAAAGAGAAGCACGCCCCAAACGCCACACUGGAGGUCGCCGCCAAGAGUGUUGCUCGUCGAGGAUGAUCCUACUUGUCGGCGAAUCGGAAGCAAGUUUCUAACGAGUGCACAGUGUAUGGUUGAUGUUGCGGACGAUGGUUUGAUCGCCGUCAACAAGAUGGGUCGGAAAACAUAUGACCUCGUGCUUAUGGAUAUCAUGAUGCCCAACCUGGAUGGUUGCUCUGCCGCCGCUCUUAUACGACAGUUCAACACCGAUACGCCCAUCAUUGCCAUGACGUCAAACAUUCGCCGCGACGAUAUAAACAAUUACUUUAAUAAUGGCAUGAAUGACGUAUUACCUAAACCCUUCACCAAAGAAGGUCUUCUGCAGAUGCUUGAGCACCAACUCGUGCACCUCACUCGGCCGAAGGGAGGGCAACAACCUCAGCAACAACCCCAGCAGCAGCAGCCGUCGCAUGGCCAGAUGUCGCAGGGAUCCAUACCUACGCAGCUCAACUUCAAUAAUCCUCAGCACGGCAUGCACCACGACCAGCUAGCGGAUCCCCCCAACACUGGCAACGGCUUGAAGUACUCGGUCUCUCCUGCGCCGUCAAAGAGCCCCGGAACUGCCGGAAUGUACAGCACCGGUCGAAGCCCGACAGAUAUGGCCGAAGAUGUUCCGCAACAAGUGCAACCGCAGGGGGGCAUGGAGGAGCCCGGAGGAGGAUACAUGGGGAUGAUGGGAGGUUACAUGCCCGACGAUGCGUCAGCGCAUGGACAUUCGUAUCAGAGUCCUGCCCAAGGGCAAAGAAGACUUGCGGAGGAUGACAUGUAUGGUCCCAUCAAGAAGCAGCAGCGGUACUAAAGAUUCUUCGUUCUCAUGAACCGGUUUUUGGCGCACAAUCCCGCCGUCUCGAGUUUUCAUUCCAUGUUUAUCAUAUUUCCUUCUGGGUUUAAUGGGGGUUUCUUUUCUAUCCCCUCUAA